CACUCUUCGCUGGUACAUCGAGUGGCGCGCGUAUACAUUCGCUCGCGAUCUACCUGCCACGCGUGUUACAGCACGUUUUUUUUUACUUCCCCUAUUCUAUUCGUACUCCGUCUCUCUCUCGUAAGGUCUGCAUGUGCGCUUCAGCACGUUGAGCUCGGUCGAAAGAAGAAAAAUCGCAACGUUGAUUGUCGCGUUGUACGAGCUACGUUGCCGGAGAUUAAGAGAGAGAGAGAGAGAGCGAGAAGAAGCAAGCAAGUGAUAGCUCGCUAAAGUCGCAGCAGGUACCGUUUCAAGAGGAGGAAAAAAAACGAGUAUACCGCCUCGAAUAAGACGGUAUCAGUGAAAUUGGUUCGCGAGGAACGACGACGUCGCGACGGCCUACGUGCUCCCCCCUUCCCCACCGAUACCGUUCUCGCUCGAUUAUAAUACCGCGAGUGUGCUCGUGACAGUAACUCUACUCGUGACUUGUUUAAACCUCCCCCCCUCGCCCUUCGUACCGACACGUGCCGACCCUUUUUAUGUUCUCGCACUCCAAGCCUUUUCUACAACGGGAUUUCUCGAAAGCCGCACUCCCAUACCGCACAUUUUUUCGAGAAUUUAUCUCGCGAAAUAACAACCACAAGUAAUCGAAGGGCGCCCGGAGGACUCCGAGAGGAAGCCAAGGCUGAUUCGAGAAGUAAAGCGAGCGGGGGAGGUGGAGCUACGUAAACGGAGAAGGGAGAAGAAAGCGGCGGCGGUGGUGGCGGUGGUGGUUGUGGCCGUGGAUGAGGUCGCGGUGAAGCAAGUUGGAAGGAACGAGUCCCUUGGGAGGCUAGAAACGAGAUCGAGAGGAAGGACGAGGCGAAGGAUCGAUCCCAGGGGCGGCGGAGAGGGGCGAGGGCGAAACGCGGUGAUUGAAAAGGCCCGAAAAUUGAUCCAUCAAAGCCCAAAAUGCACAUUGAGGUGCAGGUGGCCCUGAAUUUCGUCAUAUCUUAUUUGUACAACAAGUUGCCGAGGCGGCGGGUCAACAUAUUCGGCGAAGAGCUCGAGAAAGCUCUCAAGGACAAAUUCAAGGGUCACUGGUACCCGGAGAAACCGGUCAAGGGCUCGGCUUUCAGAUGUCUUAAGACCGGCGACCCCGUCGACUCGGUACUCGAACGCGCUGCCAAAGAAAGCGGCGUACCGAUCAAAGACAUCCUCGAAAAUUUACCCGCCGAGCUCGCCGUCUGGGUUGAUCCCGGCGAAGUCAGCUAUCGCAUCGGCGAAAAGAGCGCCAUUAAAAUUCUCUACUCCGAAAGCGCCGAUCCCCACGACGAAAGCUCCGCCGAUCGAGAAGUCACGAAGACCUUCAAUCCCGAGGCGCAAUGCUUCAGGCCCAUCGAAGCCGUCGGCACUUCCCUCGGCGGUCUCAGCCUCAGCCCCAAAUCGACGUCACCCUUCCCAGCCUCCCUCGCCACCUCCAACGGACCCACCGGCCCCGUUAACUCUGCCACAAAUCCCGCCAAUAAUCCACCGAACGGGGCUCAUCCCUCCGGCUCGUCGUCAGCGCCUUCGCCAACGCCGAUCACCAACUCCUUCAAAGGAUCACCCAGCCCCGUACCCGCUUUCAUUCCCCGUACUACCGCGCCUCUCACAUUCACCACCGCCACCUUCGCUCAGACCAAAUUCGGCAGCACCAAACUCAAGACGAGCAGCAAACGGGCCAACAGACCGUCCGCUUUCAGAAUGUCGCCAACCGAAUUCUCCAACUACAUAAAGCAGCGAGCGAUGCAGCAGCAGAUUCAUCAUCACCAUCACCAUCAUCAACCGCAGCAGCAGCAGCAGCAACAGCAGCAGCAGCAACAACAGCAGCCACAGCAGCAGCAGCAGCAGCAACAACAGCAGCAACAACAGCAGCAACAGGCCGGUUUACCGGUGUCCCAAAAUUCGCCGACGAGUCGUUCCCUCUCGCCCGGUGGAAUCGUCGGACCUCAACAGCAACAGCAGCACAGCGGGGCUGAUCCGAGUGCCUACUUCUUUCACGGGCCGUAUCAUCCGCAUCAGUUCGCCCAUCGAAAUAUUUUCGAGCCGACGAAUCACGGGGCUGCGACAAACGUCGCUGCGGCUGCAGCCGCCGCAGCCUAUAUUCCCGACAUCUACGGGGCCAAGUUCUCCUCCUCGUACCUCGAUCCAACCGCCCUUGGGCAUCAAUUUUACGGGGCUAGCGUGAGCAACAACGGUGCUACUAAUCCACCCGCGAACACCCAAGUUUCCACCACCGGUAAUCUCGGACCGGUUGGUUCGACGAGCAACAACGCGGCCGUAGCGGCCGCGGCUGCUGCCGCCGCAGCUGCAGCUGCAACCACUACGAGCCAACAGGACAAAGCCGCCCUUGUCGAGGGUCUCAACAGCUUUGGCCUUGGUUCCGUCACUCAUUACCCAGCUAGUCAGUAUCAGCAUCUUCUCGUCGCCAAUUAAAAUUCUCUACUUUAUCGACCUACCGAUAUAUUCACCAAGAUUCAUUGAUUUAUCGAUCGAUUCAAUUAAUGCCUUGGAAUAUUCCUUGAGCUUAUAACAAUAGACGGAGGGGGAUAGAGAUAGAGAGAGAGAGAGAGAGAGAGAGAAUCUACCGAUGAAAAUCGAGGACGUCAGGCAUCAACCGAUUUCUGCAUGCUAAACUAACUCUCGCCCAAGUUCCUUCAUUUUUAUUAUUUUUUAUUUUUCUUCUUAUCUCCGAAUCCUCGCACAACUCUCGACAGUUUCUCCGCGUUGCGAUUUUUCUUUCUCUCUCUCUCUCUCUCUCUCUUGAUUUCCAGCAUCAAAGAUCCUCUGAAUUGUAAGAUUCGAAGAGAGUCCCUCGAUGCUCAAACAAUAACAGCGAACUUCGAAGGGACUCGCUCGAAGGGCGAUGAGAGAUGCUCCGUAACUUUCCCUCCGCCUCCCCACUCAUCCACACCAGUAGAAAAUUACCAACGACGAAUCGACCUUGGCCAGUCGAGUUUAAAACGCGUUACGAACGAGUAUAUUGCUUACAAUAUACGCCAUUAUCACUGUAUACGCGUGUGUGCGUGUGUUUGCGUGUACGAAAAAAUCCUUCGAUCACAAAAGUGUCGUUGGCAGCCGAGACAAAACGAAAAGGAGGAGAAAGGGGGAGAGAGAGAGAGAGAAAGAGAGAGAAACGAGACGAGAGCUUUUCCAAUGAAACGUGGACUGGCCGUUAUGCGACACACGAAAAAAACAAAACAUUUGGAAAACACGAGAAACACGAUUAGCACACACACACACACACACACACACACACACACACACACACACACACACACACACA